ACAGAAGUUUUCUUUCUCAUAACUCUUCUCUAUCAAUCUAGCUUCGAGUUCUAUAUAUAGCUAUGGCAGCCGAGCUUAUGCAUGCGGUUCUGUACGACAGCUAUGGUGGAGGACCUUCUAGUUUAAAGCAUGUUCAAGUUCCAAUUCCAACUCCUAAGAAAAAUGAAGUUUUGCUGAAGCUGGAAGCAGCAAGUCUAAAUCCAGGUGAUUGUAAGAUACAGAAAGGCCAGGCACGACCUAUUUUCCCACGCAAAUUGCCUCACAUACCUGUUACUGAUGUGGCUGGAGAGGUUGUAGAGCUUGGAGAAGAUGUCAAAAACUUCAAAGUGGGUGACAAGGUCGUGGCAAUGCCUAGCUAUGGUUAUGGAGGUGGACUGGGUGAGUUUGCUGCAGCUAAUGCCGAAAUGGUAGUUGCUAGACCUUCUGAAGUUUCAGCAGCAGAUGGUGCAGGCUUACCAGUUGCUGCUCUCAGUGCUCACUGGGCUCUCACCAAAGAUGCAGAGAUCAAGCUUGAUGGAACAGACGAGCCGAAGAACAUACUCAUUACCGGGGCCUCUGGUAACGUCGGUCUCUAUGCAGUCCAACUAGCAAAGCUCGGAAACGCUCAUGUCACCGCCACUUGUGGAGCUCGUAACAUUGAACUUGUCAAGAGCUCCUUGUUUACUUUUGUUCUUAAGAAACUUACCUUCUCCAAGAAGACACUGGUGCCAUUGAUCAUAAGUCUCAAGGGUGAGAACCUGGAUUUUCUUGUUAAGUUGGUGAAGGAAGGAAAGCUCAAGACAGUGAUCGACUCGACUUUUCCCUUGAGCAAGGCUGAAGAAGCUUGGGCUAAGAGACUUGAUGGCAAGAAUACUGGAAAGAUCAUUGUGGAGCAGAAAGUACAUGACCUGAACUUUUCUUAG